CCUGACCGUUGCGGACGGUGUCCUGAGAGCACAGUGCCGGCCUAAGUAUGGUGCAAGUGAGAGUGAAUGAAGGUCUGCUGGAGGGAGAGCGAGUGGACAACCACUACGGGGGCUCCUUCUACAGCUUCAAGGGAAUACCGUACGCACAACCACCACUCGGAGAUCUUCGGUUCAAGGCUCCUCAACCACCUCUACCAUGGGAAGGUAUCCGGAGUGCGAAGGAGUUUGGAUCAAUAUGCUACCAGAAAGAUUUCGAAUCGCAAACCAAGACAACAGGAAGCGAAGACUGUUUGUUCCUCAACGUUUAUACUCCAGAAUUGAAACCCCAAAAUCCUUUACCCGUAAUGUUCUUCAUCCAUGGCGGAGGAUUCUACUCUGGCAGUGGCAACGACGACAUGUACGGUCCAGAGUUCCUCGUCCGGCAAGGAGUCAUCCUAGUCACGAUCAACUACAGACUUGAAGUACUGGGUUUUCUUUGUCUAGACACUGAAGAAGUACCGGGCAAUGCAGGAAUGAAAGAUCAAGUUGCAGCUUUACAAUGGGUUAAUAAAAAUAUUUCAAACUUCGGUGGUGAUCCCAACAAUAUUACGAUCUUUGGUGAGAGUGCUGGCGGUGCAAGCGUCGGCUACCAUUUAGUUUCGCCCUUGACCAAAGGUCUUUUUCAAAGAGCGAUUUGUCAGAGUGGAAUCACAACUUGCUGGUGGGCUAAAGUUUUUGAACCUCGAUUGAGAGCACUAGCAUUAGCAAGACAAUUAGGAUAUAAUGCGGAGAAAGAUGGUGAAGACCUUUAUGAAUUUUUCAAAUCUCAACCAGUUGAGAAACUCGCUGGAGUAAAAGUACCAUUAUCUUACUCAGAACAACAUCGAGCUAGCUUCGAAUUAUAUUUUGGCAUUGUAAGCGAAAAACAAUUUGGCAACAAUAAAUAUUUCUUUCAUGGUAAUAUAUUUGACUAUUUGAAGAAUGGAAUCCAUGAAGGUGUGCAAGUUAUUACUGGCUAUACUGCAGAUGACGGUGUCCUACUACAUGUGUUUGACAAAGAUGGAAAAAUGUUAGAACAGGCCAAUGAAUUAGAUACCUUUUUCACUCCCAGACAUAUUGCAUUGAAUUGUUCUCUAAAAGAACAAAUUGAGGCCGGACAUAAGAUCAAACAAUUUUACAUGUGUAACGAAGAUAUAGACACAGACUGUGAAAGACUGAGUCGCUUUCAAACUACAGAAAUGUUUUUAUAUGGAAUCAUAAAAUGGAUGAAAAUUUGCUCACAAAGAAAUAAGACUUAUCUUUAUAAAUUCACGUGUAAGAGUGAAAGAAACGCUGCAGUCCGCUUGAUGGGACUGGAAGCUGUGACACAAGGUAAAGAAGUAGCUUGUCACAUGGAUGACUUGUUUUAUAUUUUCAACAGCAAGGUAUUAGAUGCAAAAGUCGAUAUGGAUUCGAAAACAUUCCAAAUGAUUGACAAUGUGACAAAAUUAUGGACCAAUUUUGCUAAAUAUGGAGAUCCGACUCCCGAUAACAGUCUUGGUGUUAAAUGGAACCCUUACACAUUGGACAAAGAAGAAUAUUUGGACAUCGGCAAUGACCUCCAAACUGGAUCUGCGCCGGAUCGCGACGAGUUUUUAUUUUGGGAGAGUAUCUUUAAAGAAUUUACUCCUGAAUAUGUCGAUAAAGUUCAUUAACAUUGAUGUUCAUUAUAACAUUAU